AUGCAGUGUGCAAUCGUCGCCCUUAGUGCGCUUUCUAUAGGAUCCGCCCUCGCAGCACCACCGACCAACGUCACUAGCAAGCCCACAGACCUCGUAACCGUGGGCCUUUGGCACGAGGCUGCCGAGUCCGACACAAUCUCUCUCACCAUAUUCAAAGAGCGCCAUCUCCCCGACAGCGCCUCCCCGGAACAGUCCUAUGGCCCCUUCGACUUCGUCCAGCUCAAUCUCAGCUCGGGCGUCGAGAACAAGGAACUCCGAUGUCAAAUACUCGAUGAGUUUGCCGAGCCCAUCGUUCUGGUUCGUAAUGGAAAUGUCGACAUCACUUUUUCCGAUCAGGACAAGGGAGCUUGGAUCCUUCGCGACGGAGAGCAGGAUGUUUUCACUGUCCUAUGUGAUCCAUCUUUCAAGUCUUUGAACUCCCCGAAGACCAACUCCAACUCCAGCUCCAGCUCCUCUUUCACUACCACCAGAAAGUCUUCCACGACUUCAUCCGCCAUGAAGCCAUCUGGCUGGAGCGGCGGCUACCCAUCCAUCACCAAGUCAUGGUCUGACCCAAGCACCUUCAACUCCACUUUGACCAAGUCCACCUCUUCGUCGUCGUCGAAGAAGUCUUCCUCCAUGUCAUCUCCUCGGGCAAACUGGACAACUUCCAAGGCUACUACAUCUGGCUCCACAUCUAAAUCUACAAGUACAUCCUCUUGCCCAGCGUCUACUAUCGUCGUCACGUCGACAAUUACGGUAUCAUCCAAGUGGUAG